CGACUUCGAAUAAGAUGAUAGUUAACUCACAGUCUUUCGUGGCGUUCACGAUCGUUUGAGCAAUGGAAAUUAUUCUGUUGAUUUCUUCAUUAGUAGAAAUACGCAAACUACAGAACUGCACGUAAUUGUUUUGAAGAAUUUCACACUUCGGGCAGGAAAAGCUGGCAGAAAGCCUAUGUUCAGCUUCUCUACUAUUGCGACGGUACCAACCGCACUCUGCCAGUACGAAUGCACGACAGCAGGAAUGUUCAGAUACCCAGACCCCACGUGCAGAGCUUUCUAUAUUUGUGCAUUAUACAACAGCAGAUUCGUCAGAAGCAACUACACUUGCCCCAUCAGCAAAAUAUUCGACCAGACCACCCAACAGUGCUCCUCAACAGCGUCUUGUGAGGAUAUCAGUACCGUAUGUGGGAGUGAAACAGCUGCUGAACCACCAUGGCCGACUUAUCCAAAUCCGACUGCGGUCAACUGCAGUUCUUAUAUCACUUGUUACGGUACCAAUCCAAUUGUAACAUCUUGCCCUAGCGGGUACUAUUACAAUAAUAAGAUCAACUCGCCAGGAUGCUUCACCAAGCCUGAUUGUACUUGAUGUAUUCUGAUUGAGAAUAAAGGUGCUUCUUUUUGAAAAAUAUACCCGUAUUCCAAGAAAAAGACAAUCAAAGAUACCUGUUAAGGAGCUCGCGUGCAGAACUGGAUAUGUCCACCUUUUACACAAAUUCGUAUUUUGACGGUUUCUGAAUCCGAAUCGCGACAUUGAUACUGCCAUACUUAGGUGCCGUUCAAGUAUUACGUGAGC